CUCUCUCUCUCUCUCUCUCUCUGUUUUCAGUCAAAUUCUAGUCUUCUCUAUUCAAAACCCAAACGCAUACACAACCCUUCUCUCUCUAAACCCCUCCCCCCAAACCAAAAGCCUUUCCAAAAUCUCGCCACGUUCUGUGAACACCCAGAUUCGUUUUUUUCCCCCUUUAAUCCUUUCCUUCUUCUGUAACUGCUGAAUAACACCAUUUCUGCUUUCAUCUCUCCACUUUUCCCUGUUUUUGGUUCGUGGUUCUUGUUCUGGAUUUGCUCUUUCGUUUUUGCAGUUUCUUUGUAAUUGGAUCUCUUCUUGAAUGUGAUAGAAGAGGAGGGGUUUUUUUUUUUAUUGUUGUGAAAAUGGAUGAAGUUGGGGCUUGUUUGGAUGAGGAGAUUGUGGAUGAACAUACAUUCAUUGACAUUGGUAAUCCAAGCCCAGCAGAGGAAGAUGAUUAUGUGGAUAUACUACUUGUAAAGGAGACAAGUUUUGGGUUUAGAAAAGAUAAAUCUUUGGUGCUUGGUAACUGGAUGAAAUGUGCUCGUUUGGAUGCAAUUGCAUGGAUUCUCAAAACACGAAAUGUGUUUGGUUUUGGUUGCCAAACAGCUUAUCUUUCAAUGAUAUACUUCGAUCGGUUUCUUUCAAGGAGAGCCAUUACUAAUGAGAAGCUGUGGGCGAUUAGGCUACUGGCAGUGGCUUGUCUUUCCUUGGCAGCAAAAAUGGAAGAAUUGAAGGUUCCAGCAUUAUCAGAAUUUCCGGUGGACGAUUUCAACUUUGAAAGCAAGGUAAUCCAAAGAAUGGAGCUUUUGGUGUUGAACACAUUGGAAUGGAAGAUGGGUUCAACAACUCCUUUCUUCUUCAUUCCUUAUUUCAUAUCUAAAUUAUCCAUUGAAUCCCCACCAAGCAAUAAAGUUUCUCAGAUUGUCGAACUCAUCUGGGUCAUGAUUAGAGAAACAAAUACACAAAACCAUCGGCCUUCUGUAGUAGCAGUAGCCACAGCCAUUUUAGCAACAAUGGAUGACAGAUUAACAAGGAAAGCCUUGGAAUUGAAGAUGAAGUCCAUUUCACAAUGUAGAUAUCUUGAAUUAGAGGAAGUGAUUUCUUGUUACAAUCUGAUGCAAGAGCUCAGAUUGGAAAAAUGUAGAGAAGAAGCAGAUUGUUUGAAAUCACCAGAUUUAUCACCAACCCAAAUGAAACCCUUGGAUUGUUCAGAAAAUUCAUCAGUAACAUCGUCGAUUGCCUCGAAAAGAAAACGGCUAAACUUUAGUAACUUAGAUGAAAAAUGUGGUGUGGCUGAAGCAAAACGGCCCCGGUAGAGAGAAGUGAAAAAUGAUAAGGAAUGUUUUUGUUUUUCCUUUAAAGUUUCCAUUUUUUUCCUUCUCACAAAUGACUACUGAUGAUAAAUUAAGGGGGGUUUUGAAGGGGGUUUAUGACACAAUAAUUGCUUGAGUUGUUGAUUAAUUGAUGAAGUUUUACCAGAAAAUUACAAAGAAAAGGACAGAUUUAUUGGGCUGCACCUGCAUGUAAAAAUAGGAAAAGUGAAAGGUGAAGAAGAAAAGCUGAUUCUGAUUUUUAUUAGGCCAAAGUCAUAGGGAAGGACCAGGAGGAGGCUUGAAAGAAAGCUGGUGCUUAUAGGACAGCUAUUCUCCCACUUAAUGCUCGCUCUCUCUUUGUUUAUAUGGUUUCACCCUUCCUCUUUUUUUUUUUUUUUUUUUUUUUUUUUUUUUUUUUUUUUGUUACUGCUUUAAAAAUUAUGGUGUUUUUUUUUUAGCUGUCUCUGCAGAACCCUGCCUUUUUUUUUUCAUGGAUGCUGGAAAUGCUUUUCUUGGUUUCUUUGAAAAAGGGACUGUAAGAGAAAGUUAAGAGAAGUAACAAGAGGGGGUGUGGGGAGUGUGGGGGAAGUGUUGAAAAGAGGUGAGGAGUGAUAGACAAGCUCUGUUUUAUUGUGAUUUGAUGCAUCUUUGCUCCAUUUUAGCCUUCAAAAAUGUUUCUUUGUAAAAGGUGAAAGUGAUUGGAUAUGUUUGAAUGUUUGGGGCAAGACCUUUUGAGGUGGGGGCCAAGGCCAACCUCUUUUCCCUGUAAAAGAAAAAAAAAGGAAAAAAAAAAAAAAAAAAGGAAAAACUUAGAGCUUCCUUCAGCUCAGCUUCAGCCUGGUUGUUUUCCAAGACAUUGUUUGUGGAAUCAGAACCCAUUUUUUUUAAUCAGUGUAAUAUGGUUUGAUCAAACUUCAAUGAUAUUUGAUUUUUGUGCA